AGUCGAUGACAGAACAGUACAAGAAAUCAAAACAAUAAUUAUUUCUCAGCAAAGAAAGAAAAUAUAGUUUGUGUUUUGCAGACGCGUUGUUGAAGCGAUAUUGCGAAUUAAACGAAAAAGCUAUCCAUUUGUUAAGCGAUGUCCGAUGAGUAUCAGCAUGUAAGCAAAAGCAAACUGAAACUGAAAAAUGAUUCCGAUACGAAGAAAAAACACAAGAAAAAGGACAAGCAAAAGCAGAAGGACAAAGUGAUCCGUGCUGUGUUGGAAGAUCCUGGUGAGGUGACUGGUGACGAACGCAAGCAACAAGCGCAGAAUAACACGACUGCGGGAGGACGCACAUUGACAAAAGCGGAGGAAUCGUUUAAAAAGAUGCAAGAAAAAAUGCAAAACAAACGCAUCGUGGAGAAGGCGCAGAUGACUCAUAAACAACGCGUGGAACUUUUUAACAUGCAUCUGGACAGUCUGACAGAGCAUUUCGAUAUACCUAAAGUUUCAUGGACGAAAUAGGCUAGUCGUUGUAUUUUAUCUGAAAAAUGUUUGUGGUUUUUUAAAGACAUACUUUUUCUAUGGCUAAAUCAUAAAACAUACAAAUGCAAUAGCUAUAUGCUCACCAGAACCUCUUUACAAUAACGAAAUUAUAACAUAAUAGUUAUUGAUCCGAUUGAACAAAUAAAAUCACGCAUCUUAACCCAUUCGCAAUUCUUUUUUGUUAAA